CAAACAAACGUCAAGCGCAAUUCCGAUAUACCCGCUGAACUUUGUUCCAUCGUGUGAUAGUGAACUUUUCCUCUAAAUUUACCUAAAUCUGUACAGUGAAAUAUGUGAAACAACCGUACAAUUUGUUGUAUUAAGAAGCUUACACAUGCUCUUUGAUUUCCAUUCCACUAUAAAAACGCAAAUUCCAGUAGUAAUGAAGUGAAUCGGACAACAAACACUAUACACAUCGGCUCAGAAGUUCGUUAACGCCUUAGAGAUUUGAUUAUCACACAGGGCAAGAUUUCUUAUCUGCUUCCUUCCAUACCGUCGCUGUUUCCUGGCACACUGUACUGUACUCACACACGUAACAUGGGUCUCGUUGGGCUGGUCUUGAUGAUAUUGGACCCAUUUAAGAUUGUAAGAAACUAUAUUUUCAAACCAAUCGCGGUGUUUGGUUUGGCUGCCGCCGAAGAGUACAAGGCGCGCAAGGAAAAGAGCGUAAACACUACGAAAAAUGUGUUCCUCAAGUUGUUCAUCGUUGUGUUGGUUGGAUUUUCGGUAGUGUGGGCAUCGAUAUUUCUGUACCUGUACUUCUACUACUCGUACAUGCCUUCCGUGUUACACCUGAAGGAUGUACAUCUCAACAUACGAGACUGCCACGAUAGCGCCAUCGACUGCAAACCAUACCCUUUUGCGAACGUGGCCCUGACAAAUCAUCACAGGUUUCUAAUGGUUGGACAGCCGUACAAGAUUAUCCUGAACCUGGAAAUGCCAGAAUCUGAACACAAUGGUAAAAUAGGAAUGUUCACCGUGUGUGGCACGGUAAGGGAUUACGGAAACAUGGAAGUGGCGAGAUCAUGCCGAAUGUCAAUGCUACACUACAAAUCAGACCUGCUGAAGACGAUUCUCACCUUCGUGUUUGCACCGCUGUUGAUAUUCGGAUAUCGGGAGGAGAAACAGUUGGUUACGGUUGAAUUAUUUUCAAACUUUCUCGACGAUUCGAACCAUCCGGCUACCAACAUUGAUAUUAUGAUACAGUGCCGGGACAUUCAGCUGUACUCAGCACAGCUGCAGGUAGUAGCUAACUUUACCGGGUUACGCUACUUAAUGUUUAACUGGCCCGUCCUGUCGGCGGUCAUCGGCAUAACUACCAAUCUGUUUUUCAUUCUAAUUGUUUGCGUACUGAGCUGGUACCAUUGGGACGAUACGGAAUGGAUAUCGGAUAUUCGGGACAGGUAUCAGCAAAUUGUGCAAGGUGUAUCGAAAGUGGCUACAAGCGAGCCAUCGAAAGCACUUAAAGCGUCAAAGGAAACGGAACCAUCCGCAAAAGAUUGGCUAAUAGACGAGGAAUAGUGGCGGAGAGCGUACCGAGUUUUGUAAUAAAUUGUUGCAUUUUUACAUACA